CUUCAAUAAAAUUUAUAAUAUCAAAAUAUAUCAUGAAAUCUCCUAUUUAAAAGAUAAAAAUAUUUUGAUAUAAAUUUCAUGUUUUCAACUUUAUUUAUAGAUUUUUUUUUAAUUUCACUAUGCACUCCAUGAGGUUAGUCCUAAACUCCUAAUUGAGGCUUAUGGUUACAGAGUUAACUUCUAAUGCCUUGAAUGCGGAGGAUUAUACCACCGGCCCAUUUAAGCCCUCCGUACCCGUCGUCAACUCAGCUGCUAAAUUUCUCUGCAUCUGCGGGCCGGCGGUUUCAUCAGCGAGAACGGAGAAGAAGAAUCGAAUGGCUCCUUUCGCUCUCGAUCACGACUCUUGCCCUGUCAUAAAGAACAUACUUCUUCUGGAUUCGGAAGGAAAGCGCGUCGCUGUGAAGUACUACUGUGAUGAAUGGCCUACAAACAGUGCUAAGCUUGCGUUUGAGAAGUCCGUCUUUACAAAAACUCAAAAGACCAAUGCUCGCACUGAAGCGGAUAUAACGCUGCUUGAUAACAACAUUAUCAUCUACAAGUUUGUUCAAGAUCUCCAUUUCUUUGUGACUGGAGCGGUUGAUGAAAAUGAGCUGAUUUUAGCGAGUGUUCUCCAAGGGUUCUUUGAUGCAGUUACUGUUCUUCUUAGGAACAAUGUUGAACACAGGGAGGCACUUGAGAACUUAGAUCUGAUUCUUUUGUGCCUUGAUGAGAUUGUUGAUGGAGGGAUGGUUCUUGAGACUGAUGGUAAUGUAAUUGCUUUAAAAGUUGCUAGUCACAAUAUGGAUGAUGGGACAUCCCUUUCUGAACAGACAAUAUCUCAAGCAUUGGCAACGGCACGAGAACAUCUGACAAGAUCACUUCUCAGAUAGAUGGAACAUAUUCGUUGUUGCAGACUUGUGGGAUCCUUUCAUUCUUUGAGGAUAUAUCCAUUUUGUGCGCACACUGCACCCAUUUCGAAAGCCUUUCUUGGAUUUGCUAAAUUCGCUCUUUUUUUUCCUAGAAUAAUUUCAACUUUGUAAUAGUUGUAGUAAUUACAAAGAACGUACUAAUAAUUAAAUGUGUUUGAACAAAAGCAAAAUUAUUUGAUUGAGUUAUACCCGAAAUCUUUGUUUUUUCUUCUUCAUUUUCUUUCCCAACUAACGGCCUAUUCGUUUCGGUUGACAUUCCAAAGUUGAAUAUCAGAAGAAACUGCAAAAGUUGGAAGAAACACCCAGAUCAAACGGGUUCAUUGAAAAGAAGAUCCUUGCCUCCGAGCACCAUUGAGAAAAACGAUGUCGAUCAGAAGCGCCACUGCGAAGAGAAUGUCUAGCUGAGCCGUAGUAGAUGACGAAGAUGACUUUGUGGAUGAAAUUCCCAUUUUAAAGACCUUGAAAUUAGUGAAGACAACCUCUGGGCGAGUUUACAAAAGGAUGUGUAAUGAAGAACUAUUGGUUAG